UUCAAGAGAAGCUACUAAAAUCCCAACAUGUCUGGACGAGGAAAGACCGGCGGCAAAGCCAGAGCUAAGGCCAAGACUCGCUCUUCUCGCGCUGGGCUGCAGUUCCCUGUCGGCCGUGUCCACAGGCUACUUCGCAAAGGAAACUAUGCUCAGCGCGUUGGCGCCGGAGCUCCCGUCUACUUGGCGGCUGUUCUGGAGUAUCUGACCGCUGAGAUUUUGGAGUUGGCCGGAAACGCUGCUCGCGACAACAAGAAGACCAGAAUCAUUCCCCGUCACUUGCAGCUGGCUGUCCGCAACGACGAGGAGCUGAAUAAGUUGCUAGGUGGAGUGACCAUCGCUCAGGGAGGAGUGCUGCCUAACAUCCAGGCAGUUCUACUGCCCAAGAAGACCGAGAAACCCGCCAAGGCUAAAUAAAGACUACUGCGUCUGUAAACACCAACGGCUCUUUUAAGAGCCACCCAAAUAACUAAUGAGCAACGAAACUCUAUUACCGAGUUAUUGCAGUCAAAACAUUUUUAUGUAAUUUUACUACCUUAUACAUACACCAUUCAAGAUACUAAACUAUCAAGUUGAACUGAAUUUUGAAAGGAGCCAUUUUAACUAAAUGAUUAUAAAUUUUAACGUAGGGUUAUUUUUUUUUAUUUAGAAGAAAUAAAGGCAAGGCUAGACUAAAACAAACAAUAAAAGUUAAGUUCACUGGGGUUGACCACUGCUAUUUAAAACGCUUUAGGUAGCGUUUAUUUACAUGAAUGUUUAACUACUGAUACGUACAGAAUUUGGAUUUAUGAACAAAGCACUAAAUAAAAAGUAAUUUGGUAUUUUAAAGUGCGUCAUUCUAAAUAAAG